UGCAGCGCCAGGGCGGGCGGGCGGGCGAGUGGCUCGGAGCAAGCAAGGAGCUGAUGCUGCAAAGCCUCUCGACGGGGACCAUGAGGAGCACAGAGCGGGAAGAAGAGGGAGAAGGAGGAGGAGGAGGAGGAAGAAGGGGAGGAAGGGGAGGAAGAGGAGGCGAAGGGGGAGAAGAGGCGCGCGGAGAGGCAGCGCGGUAGAGCAAGCCUGAGCCCACCCGCUUGACUAUGGCUGGGGGAAGGCGAGGGCUGGUGGCGCCCCAGAAUACCUUCCUGGAGAACAUUGUGCGGAGGUCCAACGAUACCAAUUUUGUCCUGGGUAAUGCCCAGAUAGUGGAUUGGCCCAUUGUGUAUAGCAAUGAUGGAUUUUGCAAGCUCUCAGGAUACCACAGAGCAGAAGUUAUGCAAAAAAGCAGCACCUGCAGUUUUAUGUAUGGAGAGUUGACGGAUAAAGAAACAGUAGAUAAAGUACGGCAAACGUUUGAGAACUACGAGAUGAAUUCCUUUGAAAUCUUAAUGUACAAGAAGAACAGGACUCCUGUUUGGUUCUUUGUGAAAAUUGCUCCAAUUCGAAAUGAACAGGACAAAGUUGUUUUGUUUCUCUGCACUUUCAGCGACAUAACAGCUUUCAAACAGCCUAUUGAGGAUGACUCAUGCAAAGGCUGGGGAAAGUUUGCCCGCUUAACCCGUGCCCUCACAAGCAGCCGGGGUGUCCUUCAGCAGCUUGCUCCAAGUGUCCAGAAAGGAGAGAAUGUUCAUAAACAUUCCCGUCUUGCUGAGGUCUUACAACUGGGCUCUGAAAUCCUCCCGCAGUACAAGCAAGAGGCACCAAAGACUCCGCCACAUAUCAUUUUACAUUACUGUGUUUUCAAGACAACAUGGGAUUGGGUCAUCCUGAUUUUAACCUUCUACACAGCUAUUUUGGUCCCUUACAACGUCUCAUUUAAAACAAAACAGAACAAUGUGGCCUGGCUGGUAGUGGACAGCAUUGUCGAUGUCAUUUUUCUGGUAGACAUCGUGCUUAAUUUCCAUACCACUUUUGUCGGUCCGGCUGGGGAGGUCAUCUCAGACCCAAAGCUGAUCCGCAUGAAUUACUUGAAGACCUGGUUUGUCAUUGACCUUCUCUCCUGUUUGCCCUACGAUGUGAUCAAUGCAUUUGAGAAUGUCGAUGAGGGCAUCAGCAGUUUGUUCAGCUCACUUAAAGUAGUCCGACUGCUUCGUCUGGGACGUGUGGCUCGGAAACUGGACCAUUAUAUUGAGUAUGGAGCAGCGGUCUUAGUUCUGUUGGUUUGUGUCUUUGGUCUCGCAGCCCACUGGUUGGCCUGCAUUUGGUACAGUAUUGGGGAUUACGAAGUUGUCAAUGAGGAUAAAACAACAAUAAGAAAUGAAAGUUGGCUCUACCAGCUGGGGGAGUCUAUAGGAUCACCUUAUCAAUUGAACAUGACAACUGGAAAAUGGGAAGGAGGACCAAGCAAAGAUUCAGUUUAUAUUUCUUCAUUAUACUUUACAAUGACAAGUCUAACAAGUGUUGGUUUUGGGAACAUUGCACCCACCACGGAUGGAGAGAAGAUCUUUGCUGUUGCCAUGAUGAUGAUCGGAUCUCUGCUAUAUGCAACGAUUUUUGGUAACGUGACAACUAUCUUCCAGCAAAUGUAUGCUAAUACGAACAGAUACCAUGAAAUGCUGAACAGUGUCCGAGACUUCCUGAAGCUCUACCAAGUGCCCAAAGGCUUGAGUGAACGUGUGAUGGACUACAUCGUUUCUACCUGGUCAAUGUCCAGGGGCAUCGAUACAGAAAAGGUUUUACAGAUCUGCCCCAAGGAUAUGAGAGCGGAUAUCUGUGUUCAUCUGAAUCGUAAGGUUUUUAAAGAGCACCCUGCCUUCAGGCUGGCUAGCGAUGGGUGUUUGCGAGCUCUUGCCAUGGAAUUUCAGACUGUGCACUGUGCCCCCGGGGACCUCAUUUAUCACGCUGGAGAGAGUGUGGACAAUCUUUGCUUCGUGGUCUCAGGAUCUUUGGAAGUCAUCCAAGAUGAUGAAGUUGUUGCGAUUUUGGGCAAAGGAGAUGUUUUUGGAGAUGUCUUCUGGAAGGAAACGACUCUAGCCCAGUCUUGUGCUAAUGUAAGGGCUUUGACGUACUGUGACCUUCACGUGAUUAAAAGGGAUGCCUUACAGAAAGUACUGGAAUUCUACACAGCAUUUUCACAUUCUUUCUCCAGGAACCUCAUUUUGACAUACAAUCUGCGGAAAAGGAUUGUCUUCCGCAAGAUCAGUGAUGUCAAGCGAGAAGAGGAAGAGAGAAUGAAAAGGAAGAAUGAGGCCCCGUUAGUCCUGCCACCAGACCAUCCUGUCCGCCGACUAUUUCAAAGAUUUAGGCAGCAAAAGGAAGCUCGCUUAGCUGCCGAGAGAGGCAGGGAUGACCUAGAUGUUGAGAAAGGCAAUGCUCUGGGAGACAACCCUUCACGCACUGUGGUCAAAGCCAGCAUUGUGACCGUCAGGGAAAGCCCUGCCACGCCAAUUGCCUAUCAGUCUGCUUCAACAUCUGGAGCCUCCGACCAGGCCAAAUUGCAAGCCCCUGCUUCAGAGUAUGUAGUGGGGAAAGUGGCAGGGGAUUAUCCAAAGCGUAAGGGCUGGGCCAAAUUCAAAGAUGCCUGUGCAAAGGGAGAGGACUGGAACAAAGUGUCCAAAGCAGAGUCCAUGGAAACGUUGCCGGAGAGAACAAAAGUAAUAGGGGAAGCCACUUUGAAGAAGACUGACUCUUGUGACAGUGGCAUAACUAAAAGUGACCUGCGUUUAGACAAUGUUGGGGAAACGAGGAGUCCUCAGGACCGUAGCCCAAUCCUGGCAGAGGUCAGACACUCAUUCUAUCCUAUACCAGAACAGACACUUCAAGCAACAAUGCUGGAAGUGAAACAUGAGUUGAAGGAGGACAUCAAAGCUUUAAACACAAAAAUGACCAAUAUAGAAAAACAGCUUGCUGAGAUACUAAGGAUAUUAGCCUCUAGAAGAAGCUCCCAGACACCACAGGAGUUGUUUGAAAUAUCAAGACCCCAGUCUCCAGAGUCAGAAAAAGACAUUUUUGGAGCAAGCUGAGGUGCUUCUUUAAAACAGGAGAUCUAAAUAUCCCCACAAACACAAUCUAACACCCACUAAACAUUUUAAAAAAACAUUUACUGUUUUCUUGGUGAACACCAUAUUUGAGGGGCCAGUCCAUUAAUCUGGUCCCUCCUCUCUAAAUGGUACAGUUACAAGAGUGGGGACCUCAUGUCAAGAUGGCAGCUGAAUCAAGUCUUUUUGACAGCAAGGCGCUAUCCCGAUUUUCCAGAGAACAUCCAGCUUCGAAGGUGAUGUUCUACUUCUACAGUACUUCACUGUAAUGAAUUGAAAGAGCUAUUUACUGUGAACAUCUCGGUGAUUUUUGUUUCCUUGUUUUGACUCAGUGUAGCGUUUGGUGUGGAACCACUGAAAAAAAUUGAUUUAAAAAUUAACAACUGAAUGUGUGUCUGUGGUUGUGCAGAUCCACGACACUCAUGUGUGCACUGGUUUGAACUAUAAUUAAUGUUACUGCACUAGUAAGAGCAUAUAUCUCACUUUGUGAUCAUGGUAACAAAAAGAAGUCUUCCCCAGUGGACGAUCUGUCCAAUGCAAAGGACAUGUUUCCCAAUGGGUUGUAAUAUUAUUUCAAUUGUAAAGUUUCAUAAGAUUGAAGCUGUGCUGCUAAGGUAUGACCAAAGAAAUAUCAGUACAACCAGAAUUCUUGUGCAGAUGUGACAGAUACAUAUUGGAAUAUAUAUAUAUAUAUAUUGCAUUGGUGGUAGUUGGUUGCUUCCAUGUCAGCAAUGUGGGCCAUCUAUUCCACAUUAUAGUCCUAAUAUUACAAUUGCAAGCCCAAAUUUAUCUUCAAAAUAGCAUCUUGAAUAUCUCCUUGAAGGUUGAGGAUAAUUCCUGGGGCAAAUUUACCACCCCACUGGUUUGGAAAACACCAGCUGCUACUAUUCAGUGUAAAUAAUGUAGUAGUCAUAUCUGACCUUCGGUAAAGUUUAUGUCUACAGAGAUUGAAUGUCAGUAUAUGAUAGCAAAUGAAUGGCAUGAAUCCACACACCAUCUUGUUUAGUAUGAUCACAUUACUCACCCAGAUGCUUGUACAUAAGUAGGUUUUAAAGGAAGAGCUGGUGCAAACUAUAUCUUUGUUUACCUCAUGAUUGGAAUCCCAGAUCAGAAGGAUGAAUCUAUUAAUUCAAAGGGAUGGUCUGGUCCAUCUAAGACCAGUAGUUGAUGUACAUGCCUGCUUAUAUGUAACAUUGGGCUACUGAUUUUAAUAUGCUGAAAAAGUUCACUUCACAUGGUUGCUAUAGCUAACAGUUAUGAUCAUUCAAGCCUGUUGCCACAAAACUUUUUUGGCUAAGUUUGUAAUAGGGACUGUAAGGAUUAAGCUCUAUAAAGACAUAAAGCUGGGGCACAGUGCCAGAGACCUAUGUGGGUAAUAAUAUUGACAACCAGAAGGCUGUGUUGGCAAAUUGAACAAUUCUUGUACAAACCUUCCCCACCACACUGUUAUCUUAGCAACAGGUUUUAUAAUAGUGUCUUUGCUUUUCAACUGGUUUCGGACUACUGAAAUGUACUGCAACCAUAUUUCUGUGCAGCGAUAUCACACUGGGUGCAAUCCUAUAUUACUGGUGACAAAAGUCAAUGCACUGAAUCAAUGGGAUGUGCUUACUAUUGAACAAUUGAUUCAGUGGUCAUACUCACAUUAGGAGUAACCCAUUCACUGGAUUCGAGUCAGUUAAUGAAAAGAUGUAAAGACUUGGACAAACUAGUAGGCCCAUGGCUCUUAUUCCCCACAGAAGUGCUUAAAUGGAACCAAAACUACAGUCUAUUAAACAAGAGUCUUCUGUUUGAAGCAAGUCCAAGAGUUGUAAGAUAGAAUACUAGUUACUCCUGAUGUCUUUUCACACUACACACUGGUAGCUCUAUGAUUCCACAACUAUGAUUAAACUAUGAUUAAACAACCAUGGUUCUACUGUAUGGACUCUCCAGACUACAAACCCAUGACAGUUAAAGAGAAAUCAUAGCACUAUAACUGUGCAGUGUGAAAAUGAUCCUGGUUGUGGACAGUCUCAUAAAGUAAUUGUACUGUACGUUUUGAAACCUGAUUAGCAUUUACAAGUCUUUGUCACUUUUGAGGAUUACUAUAGGAGAUUUGAUGUCUGAGUCUUUUUCCUGCUUUGUGUUUGAAUAUAUGUCCAUUAUUUGUGUGGUAGAAAGGCAUUUUUUUCACGAAGAUAAUAGCGUUUCAUGUGCAUUAUAGACCAAUGGAUGCAAGAACCACUUAAGUCCUUAGUAACUUCAAGAAUGGUAUGGCCUUUGUCUUGGAAGUCUUUGUGCUGCAUAAUGAUGGGGGCAUUUUAUUUAUUUGAUGGGGCGUCUGAUUCCCAUGCUUCAUGCCUAUGUCCUGGUAGCCUAAACUGCCGGGGCAGUCUGUGGUUAUGUGGGUAAUGUCCACUGCAUUUCUAUAGUGCAGUGACUGGUCUAGAAAUAAAUGGAAUAUUUAACCUCUGGGGCAGUGUUCUUUCUCACAUUCAUAGGUCACCUCAAGGUGCUUAUUAUGCCAACCUUUCUGCAAAGUUGUUUGGGCAGUGUUGUUUUUGGAUACCCUUCAAUGACAUGUUUCCCCAUCUUGGCAUAAAUGCACUGUGGCUGUUGGUUUCUUGGCAAAUCCUCCAUGGCCAAGCGAAGGAAGGCAGCCUUCAGGGGCCACAGAGGCAAUAACCAAUCAUUGGCACUUCAAAGUAGUAAUAAGCAUUUCAAAGCAACUGAGCCUCACUGGGAUGCUUCCAAGAAUUCCAGUUACAUCAGAAACACUGUUGAUAGUACAGUAUCUUUGAUCUGAUUUGUCUCCCCCCACAAGCCAAACUGUUGCGGCAAGGAUUGACUCCUGCUAAGUCAAAACAAAGCUUCUUGCAAUAAGAUAUUUUAACAUUGAGCCUUAAGACCCCUCCUGUAAGUCAUAAAAAUAGAAACUGUGAUGCUGUCAUGGACUCCCUUUCUAACGUUCUGUAUUGUAUUGUGCACACCACAGUUGUUGCCUCAAGAUAUAACGCACUUUGAUUAGAUUUCUUAACUCUAAUAGAAAUCACGCAUUGGUAUUUAAAUUUAUUCCUCCACGUAUUGCCUUCUCACUAGUUUUGCUGUAGCCUUUCCCUCCUCAACAGCUGAGGACCUUCAAUCAUCAUAUAGACACUUUUGUAUAUUAGGGAGUUGAAACCUCCUGUUUUGUGUAUCAAGCAAAACUCUCUUCCCGCACAUACACACUUUUUCUUAAUCCAUGACCAAGGUGGUGUCUCUUCCUGAUGCUGUAACAUGUUUCCCUGACUCCUGAAUGUUGUAUAAACUUAUUUGAUGUGAGAACUCCCACAACGUUACCAUAACUGGAUUCAAAAUACCCAGUGUUGGAGGGUUGGCUUUUUCAUUUUAAGGAAUGCAUUUUCAAAGGGGGAAUAUUUUCCCCUUGUUGGUCUCAGAGUACUAAUUUUUGAAAGGAAUCUUCAUUUGAACAAGAGAAAGUUUCAAUAAUCUUGUAUCAGGAUGAACUGCUAUAUGAAGUAAUAUGACUUUUCAUAAUGAAUGUGUUAUAUUAUUGUACCUUCAUACACGCUAUAUUUUUUCAUCGGCUGGAAACACAUUGAAAUCUUCAGCCGCCACUGCAUGGACACUUUAUGGAUAAAUGGUAAUGCAGUUGUUUGGGCACUUUACUCCACUUGAUUUCAUCCUUUCCAGAAUUCACGGAAUAUUAUCUCUUUUGAUUAUUUCUUUGCAUUUGUCACUUUGUCUUAUCAAGCAUGAAUAAAACAAAAUGAAUUAAGUAGAUACUAUUUUUGUGGUCAGCUAAGAAGCUGCCAGUAGAGAGAGCGAGAGCGUAUUAUCUCCUGUUUUGGAAUGUUCCAAUAAAGUUACACUCACUGACAUUAAUAAAUAUUCCCUUACUGACAUUUUUAAACAAGCACAAAUAAUAUUUGUAAAGACAAAAUUUAAUUUUAUUUAUUAUAGUAAUAAACUAUUUUAUACAUGA